AUGAAUUCUAUUUCUUCUAUAAAAUCCAAGCUUUCGCCCAUUGGCGAGACGACAUUGAAUGUGAAGAACCCCAAAAAUGAUGAAAUUAGAAGUGUAACCUUCAUUGUGGUUUCAAAUGACCUAAUGUGUUUACUUGGGUCAAAGACAUGUCAAGAGAUGGGAUUCGUGUUUGUCAACGGUAAAGCAUUUGUAUCAAAAAUUGACAUAGACCAUGAGAUGAGCGACCUUGGUGACCUUGGAGAGGUUAAACUUAAUGUAGAUUCUACAUUACCAGCAAGAAUAUUACCGUGCCGACGUUUACCCAUUGCAUUAAAAUUAAAGGUUCAAAAAGAGUUACACUCUCUUGUGAAAAGAGGAGUUUUAAUUCCGGAGACUGAACCAACUGACUGGGUUAGUCAAAUGGCAGUCGUUCAAAAAACAAAUGGAAAGUUAAGAAUAUGUAUCGAUCCUCAGCCACUCAACAAAGCUCUUAAAAGGGAAUAUUACAAAUUACCAAUUUUGGAGGAUAUAUUGCCAAGUCUAAAACAUGCCAAGAUAUUUAGCAAACUGGAUGUUCAGGAGGCUUUUUGGCAUAUACGACUGGAUGAAGAAUCCAGCAAGUUAACAACAAUGAUUACCCCCUUUGGUAGAUAUCGAUGGGCUCGUCUACCUUUCGGGCUGAAGGUGAGCAGUGAAAUAUUUCAGCGAAAAUUAAAUGAGGCAUUGGAGGGGCUUCGGGGUGUAUACUGUGUAGCUGAUGAUAUUGUGGUCGUUGGUUUUGGAAAUGAGGAACACGACGCAAUGCGUGAUCACGAACAAAAUCUUCAGUCACUACAGAAGCGUUGUCAAGAAAAAAAGAUCAAACUAAAUGAAGAGAAAUCUGUUUAUAGAAAAAAGGAAAUCGCGUUCAUGGGACAUCGUUUAACAUCAUUCGGUGUGACGGUUGAUGAAAAUAAGGUAAAGGCCAUUAAAGAAAUGCCUGCCCCUACCGAUAUUUCAGGAAUUCGGAGGUUUUGUGGAAUGGUGCAAUAUCUAUCAAGGUUCUUACCCAAUCUGGCUGAUGAUUUAGAACCUAUCCGAGAGCUGACAAGAAAGAACUCAAAGUUUGAAUGGAAUGAUGAGUGCAAUCGCGCUUUCUCAGUGAUCAAAGAAAAGGUCACCUGUACACCAGUUCUAGCUUAUUUUGAUCAAAGUAAGGAGCUUGUAUUGCAGGUUGACAGCAGCAAGGAUGGUAUUGGUGCAGUCAUUAUGCAGGAAGGACGUCCAAUAGAAUACGCAUCAAGGACCUUAGCUGGAAACGAACGUAACUGGGCUCAGAUUGAAAAAGAAGUUCUUGCUGUGGUUUUUGGUUUAGAGCGAUUUGACCAGUAUACUUUUGGGCGACGUGUUAUUGUUCAUAAUGACCAUAAGCCUCUUUCUUCAAUCCUCGAAAAGCCAUUAAGUCAAGCUCCAAUGCGUUUACAAGUUUUAAUGAUGAGGUUGAACCGGUACGACGUCGAAUAUCAGUACAAAAGCGGAAAAAGCCUAUUGUUAGCCGAUACCCUUAGCAGGGCCUGCCCCAAAGAGGAAAAUAGAGACACAUUGGUAAGGAUGAUAGAUUCACUGAAAAAUUACCCCGAUUCAAUUUUAAAGGAAGUAAGAGACGCCACCACAAACGACGAAGAGCUGCAAGAAUUAUUGUCUGUAAUCAAGGAAGGAUGGCCUGAUCGCAAAGACAAAAUUCCGGAAGUAUUAAAGCCUUACUUCGAUUUUAGAGAUUCCAUGAGUUAUCAAGACGGCAUCAUUCUUAAGGGAACUCGUAUACUGAUUCCUAGUAAACUACGAAAUUCCAUCAAAACGAAACUUCAUGUAGCUCAUCUUGGUUACGAUAGCAUGAUGCGACGAGCAAGAGAUGCAAUAUUCUGGCCAGGGAUGUCGAAAGAAAUAAAGCAAAUGGUCAAUUCAUGUGACAUUUGCCAGCAGUAUAAACCUCGAAACCAGAAGGAAUCGUUGAUGGAUGUUGAUGACGGAGGCAGACCCUGGAAUAAAAUUGGAUUAGAUUUGUUUGAGAUUGUUGGAAGAAAUUAUCUAGUCAUUGUUGAUUAUUAUUCCUCAUUCACUGAAGUAGAGUUUCUAACGUCAACAACUUCAAAUCAUGUGAUAGCGAUAAUCAAGAAGAUGUUUGCUAGAUACGGUAUUCCUACCCAAUUAGUGUCCGAUGGAGGACCACAAUUUAGCUCGUUUCAGUUUAAAGUUUUUGUUAAAGAGUGGGGUAUAGAGCACAGGAUGUCAUCUCCGGGACAUCCUCAAGGAAAUGGGAAGGCUGAAGCGGCAGUUAAAAUAGUAAAAAAUAUGAUGAAGAAGACGCAUGCAGAUGGUAAAGAUCAAUAUUUGGCGUUACUAGAGCUGAGAAAUACACCACGUCAAGACUCUAACUUAAGUCCAGCUCAGAUGAUGUUUGGACGUAAAUUACGAUCGAUAAUUCCUGAAAUUAUGAACAAUGACAAUCCAGUUUCUCAAAAAAGGGAAACCCGGAGAGAAUCCAUAAAGAAAUAUUAUGAUAAAACUGCAAGAGAUAUGACGCCAUUAAACGAGGGGCAACCUGUAUAUUAUCAAAAUCCAGACAAGAAGGGUUGGGAAAAAGGGCUCAUUAGCCAUGCACAAGGAAACCGAUCCUAUAUAAUUGAAGGAAAAGAAGGAGGAAUUUAUAGAAGAAAUAGAAUUCAUAUCCGUCCAACUCCACAGGAUUCAUCGGCAAUACCAGAAAUGGAAGAAACUAGUAAAUUGAGGGAAACCAGCGUUAAUGAUGAACAAACAAGCUAUCAUCCUAUUUGCGACAUGCCUAAAUUGCCAAGAAGAUCAGCUCGUCUGCAAGAAAAGAUGAAGGGCGAAUAA